CGGAGCUACUAGGGCACCAGGCUGGGGGGCGCCCCCUCGGCAGAGCUGGGCUGCAGCGCCGAGCUCGCGGUACUGCACUCCCUAGCGUGCGCGCAGAGGCGGCGGAGCACAUACAGCCAUGGAAGCGGCAGCUGUCCCGCCUGGGUACCUCCAGUUGAGAUUGCUGUUGUUGCUGCUGCUGCUGGUUUUGCUUCAGGUCGAUCCUGUAUGGCCCAACAGCAAGGUGUUCAGUGACCUGGACCAGGUGCGGAUGACGUCAGAGGGUUCUGACUGCCGCUGCAAAUGCAUCAUGCGACCGCUGAGCAAGGAUGCAUGCAGCCGGGUGCGAAGCGGCAGAGCGCGAGUAGAGGACUUCUACACUGUGGAGACGGUGAGCUCAGGGGCCGACUGCCGGUGCUCCUGCACCGCACCGCCCUCCUCGCUCAACCCCUGUGAGAACGAGUGGAAGAUGGAGAAACUGAAGAAGCAGGCCCCUGAGCUCCUCAAGCUGCAGUCUAUGGUGGAUCUCCUGGAAGGUGCCCUGUACAGCAUGGAUCUGAUGAAAGUGCAUGCCUACAUCCAGAAGGUGGCCUCCCAGAUGAAUACACUGGAGGAGAGCAUCAAGGCCAACCUGAGCCUGGAGAAUGAGGCGGUGAAAGACAGUGUACGCCACCUCAGCGAGCAACUGAAGAGCUAUGAGAACCAGUCGGCCAUCAUGAUGAGCAUCAAGAAGGAGCUGUCUAGCCUGGGCCUGCAGCUGCUGCAGAGGGACGCAGCUGCUGUCCCCGCCACGGCCCCAGCUUCAAGCCCUGACAGCAAGGCUCAGGACACCGCUGGAGGGCAAGGCAAAGAUCUCAACAAAUAUGGCGGCGCACAGAAGAGCUUCUCAGACAAGGGCCUUGCAAAGCCUCCCAAGGAGAAGCUGCUGAAGGUGGAAAAGCUGAGGAAGGAGAACAUCAAGGGCAGAAUCCCUCACCCCACAGCCAGGCCACGCGCGCUAGCUCAGCAGCAGGCAGUGAUCCGAGGCUUCACCUACUACAAGGCGGCCAGACAGGAGGCCCCCAAGGCGGCCGCUGACAACACCCUCAAAGGUACUUCCUGGCUGGAGAAGCUACCACCCAAGAUAGAGGCCAAGCUUCCGGAGCCUAACUCUGCCAAAUAUGAUGAUGUCAGCCUGCAGGCUUCAGACGGAGACAACUCGGCCCCUGACAUCCCCACCACCACCACCACUACCACUACCACCACCAGCACCAGCACCACCAGCACCAGCACCACCAGCAGCACCAGCAGCAGCAGCAGCACCACUACCCCAAGCCCUAUCACCACUCCCUGGCCCACUGAGCCACCUCUGCAUCCAGAAGUCCCCAGCCAAGGAAGGGAGCACAGCUGUGAGGGCACGCUCCGAGCUGUGGAUCCCCCUGUGAAGCACCACAGUUAUGGGCGCCAUGAGGGGGCCUGGAUGAAGGACCCUGCAGCUCUAGAUGACAGAAUCUAUGUCACCAACUAUUACUACGGAAACAACCUGGUGGAGUUUCGAAACCUGGAAAAUUUCAAACAAGGCCGAUGGAGUAAUAUGUACAAGCUCCCCUACAACUGGAUAGGCACAGGCCAUGUUGUGUACCAGGGUGCCUUCUACUACAACCGUGCCUUCACCAAGAAUAUCAUCAAAUACGACCUGCGCCAACGCUUUGUGGCCUCCUGGGCCCUGCUGCCUGACGUGGUCUACGAGGACACCACACCCUGGAAGUGGCGUGGCCACUCCGACAUUGAUUUUGCCGUGGAUGAGAGUGGUCUGUGGGUCAUCUACCCAGCUGUGGAUGAGCACUACGAAACCCAGCACGAGGUGAUCGUGUUGAGCCGCCUGGACCCUGCAGACCUCUCGGUGCACCGGGAGACCACGUGGAAGACACAGCUGAGGAGGAACUCCUAUGGGAACUGCUUUCUGGUGUGCGGCAUCCUCUACGCCGUGGACACUUACAACCAGCACGAAGGCCAGGUGGCCUAUGCGUUCGACACCCACACGGGCACUGAUGCUCGCCCACAGCUGCCCUUCCUCAAUGAGUAUUCCUAUACCACCCAGGUUGACUAUAACCCCAAGGAGCGGGUCCUCUAUGCCUGGGACAAUGGCCACCAGCUCACCUACACUCUCCACUUUGUGGUCUGAGUGGAGACCUCUGUUCUCAUGAGGGAGGGCAGCAGAGGAGAAAGGGCUAUCCCUAGCAACUCUUACAACUGGUAUAAGAAUCAGUUGGGGGGUGUCCUGGGCUAGGGAUUGGCUUUGGUGGCUUUGAGUACUUUCUCAGUGCCCAGAAGGUGACACUUCUACAGCAAUGCUGUGCAGGGAGCAUUUCUUGCACUUCCCUCUUGACUCUUCUACUUCUUCCUUUAAGCCCGUAGAGCAGAUGAAGUGACUAUAAAGCCCAGAGGAGCAACACCCUGGAGUAGGACAGGCUACAGAUGAGAUGACCUUGUUGCAGUCUUCCCACCUCCAGUCCCCUUCAGAGACACUGUCAAGCCCGAGGUCUUCGGGACCUAUGCACUCCUGUUGUGCGGCUCCAGGCCUCUCUUCUGGUCGAAUGCUGGUAACCUUGAUCUUAGAGCCUCUUGACCUAUGGUCUGCCCCCUACACUCUUCUGUCCAACCACAUUCCAGAAGGUCACCGUCACAGCCACUAAGCAGUAACUGAAGCAAAUGCUCCCCAGGUCCAUGGCCCUCCUGCUACUUUUUGUCCCCAUGAUCCCUGCACAUUUUGCAGCAGAUGAGAAGGUAUAGGCAGCCCAGUUCUGGCAGUGGGGUGCUGGCCUCUGGGACCUUAACUCCUGUACCAGAAGCCCUCGCUAGGCCUGGACUCCUUCCUUAACCCUUCCCAAAGCCUUGGGCCUGGGGUCUUUUCUGGGCCUUCAAAGCUAUUCUGUUCACGCUCAGGGAUUGCCAGGAGUGGCCUUUGUCCCCAGAGUGGGUGGCCCCAAGAUGGAACAGGUUCCAUCUCCCUUGUUGAUCUUAAUCUGGUCAUUUGGUGGGCUGAUUCAGCAGCCUAGGAAUCUGAGGUAGACAGGACAGAGGCAUUCAGAAGAGACUUCUCAGCUUGCAGGAUAAAACACGGAGGUAGAGGCAGGGGAGGGUAGACUGAGGUCUCAGCACCAGGAUUUUCUUUGAGAUGCGACUUGGGAUUGUGGAUGUGCACAAGUGAACAUAUAUAAGCUACCUUAAAAUAGGAUUGGCAGCUACCUGCCCGGGUGCCGCUUGUGGCCUCCAGAGCUUCAGACCCAAAUAUCCCUGAGAACAUGACCUUUCAAGCCAGCCUAUGGCAGCUUUGGGCAUUCUUUUUAAAGCUGGAGAGAAGUUCUUUUGGCCAUCUCCUUGUUUUACCAAAGAAAAUAUAGGUCCCAGUGGUUCUAGGGUAUGGGCAGAGCCAUAUGGGGCAGGGUAUAGCUGAUCUUUGGUAAAAACCCUAUACUGAGACAGCUCUGCCUGCAAAACAAUAGAUCCCCAGUACCUUUGAAGGUGUCUACCACUGACCCCUACCCUGCCCCUGGACCCUGGACACUUCCUUGUGCCUUUGCCUGUUCCUAGGAUACCUGAAGUGAAAUACUGAUUUAUGAAAUCCCACUGUGCAGUACUGGGUAAAGAGAAUCAGGUUCUGCGCAGAUUUCCUUUCUUCCAGACAUUGUUGGGUGAUGUUUUCCUUAAGGAAUCCCUCACUCCUGAAAUAAAGAGGGACAGUGACAGCCAGCCCAGCCAGGUCUGACUCACAGUGGUAGCCACAUCCAGCUUCCCCCACCCAGCUGACCACCCCAGGCUCGUCUGUCUUCCAGCCUCUUCAGAGAACUCAGAGGCCCCCGCCUUUCCCUUGGCCCUGGGUGUGGGUCUUCUCAAGACUCUGUGUCUUGUGAGGUCAUAGCCUAACCCUGUGCGAGGUGCUCAGGCAACUCUGCAGCCCAAGAAAAGGAAAUGCUGGGACACACUGGUUUAGAAAAGUAAACAUGUGGCAUAGUUUCCUGGGGUGGGACAACAGGCCUGCCACCGUCCCCAACUGUCCCCCAGGCCCUUCUGUUUUCAGGCUUUUGUGUGUUGUAUAGUAAACAAAGUUCAUUUCCUCAUUCAUAAAUGGUCCUACUGGGUCCCAAGUAACUCAGUUGUCAUGGCCAAGCCAGGUUUCCAAAAGAGGUCAAUUGUCAGUUAUCUGAGAAUGGUCAGUGUGCUGGAGUUACUGCGGAACGGAAACUACUACAAGAGGGCCCUUUGACAGGUAACAGGAAUUUACUCAAGGUCACAUAGCAGUGUAAUCUGUGGCAAGGUUAGGAGUUCAAGGCUCGACAGAGCAUGUUUCCUGCCGUCUCUGUGCCGUGUUGGUAACACGCUCCGGAAGUGCUAGUGAGUGCAGUCAUCCAAAAUGACCAGGGCAAGAGCGCCCCCAAAGGCCCGUUUCUACAAAGCUUUGAACACCAAGCAAAGGAAGGUCCAUAUCUAGCCUUGUCUAGAACAAAACUGUAUAAGUUAACAGAGUCAAGGAAAUUCUGACACAGUUUCAAAUUAGAUUUUGUCCUGUUGAUGAUGAGAAGCAUGCAAGGGGUUGCCCAAGGAGCCUGAAUCUGCUGAUUUGUGAGCUCUAAAGGAAACCUGGCUUCCCACUACACACACACACACACACACACACACAUACUCUCAGACACCUUCACACACCACAUGAACGCCACACAUAUACACACUAUAUGUACACUCACACACAUACACUCACAUAACAUACAUACACGUGUGCACUCACAUAUACCAUGGGUUGUAUUUUUCUGGGCAACAGUACUUCACAGAAGGAAGGGUCUGGAUUGUACAGGAUGACCUACCUACUGAUGUUUUUAUAAGGACAAAGCAUCCUGUGCCCCUGAACAACUCUGUAGGGGACGGGGCUUUGACUUCCAUAGCUGAUUCCUCUCUGGAGAUUGCCAGGCCUUGAGUGGUGCUUGGCACAACCCAGGACCCAGCAGAGAAUCUUCAGUGCCCAGGGUACUGUGUGGCUGUCAGAGUCCUAGGCACAAGGGAAUUGGGAGCCUGAGUUGGUUUCCAGCUGGUCUCCAUGCUGUCCUUCUAUCUCAGCCUGUGUAGGGGUAUUAACUCCCUCAGAGAGGUGGGACCAAGGCUUACUGAGAAGAGAAGACUUAAGAGACAUCACAGCACCGCCCAGAACUGGAAGUCACUCUGACUUGCAGUCACACUAAUCCACCCCAGAACCCCCAGAUUGGUAGUACUGGGGGUACUACCAAUUACUCUCAUUAUGGGUUUUGAACCUUGAGUUCAGAGAAGCUGGGUGAUUUGAUCAGGGUUGGGUAUCUGGCCUAUGGAGGUGAGAUUGGAACUCUGCCUCUUUAAACCAAAGCCCCCACUAACUGUUGAAGUAGUCAUGUUUGGUUUUUUUUUCUUGGUUUGAGACAAUAGGAAGCUCAAAGGCAAGUCUGAGAUCAUUUUAAACACUUGUAUGAACUUUAACCCGCUUUACUCUAACUUUGUGCGCGCACCUUUACCCUGACUUAUUUUUAUUCUACUGUAUUUUUUUAAUCUAUUUUUGUAAGGUGCCACACGAUCUUUUUGCAACAGGGUAGCAUAUACCUAAAUAAAACCCAUGACUAUAGCUGGAUAUAGUGGCACAUGCCUUUGGUCUAUGCACCUGGGAGGCAGAGGCAGACAGAUUUCUGAGUUCGAGGCCAGACUGGUCUAAAAAUCAAGUUCCAGGACAGCCAGAGCUACACAGAGAAACUGUGUCUCAAAAAAGAAGAAGGAGGAGGAGGAGGAAGAAGAGGAGGAGGAGGAAGAGGAGGAGGAGAAAAGAAAGGAAAAGAAAAAAAUUGUAAAUAUACUGAAAGCUUGGUUUAAAAUCUUAAGUACUAUGGACUACAACUUGGGGGGUCACUCCAUGGUAGAGAGCUCACCGGGUGUGUAUGAGGGCCAAAGUCUAGUUUCCAGCAUUAAACAUCAAUGAAUAAAUAAAUGUUUCUGGGUCUGUGUA